AUGAAGGCAGAGGCUCGCAAACGGUUAUGGUUCCCCGGCGUGGACGCUGCGCUGGAUCGAGUGGCGGGCGCCUGCACGGUGUGCGCGGCAUUGCGGCCCGCGCCGCCACACGCCCCUCUUGCACCUUGGCCGCUGCCACCGCAUCCGAACUCUAAAAAUAGUACCACCGACAAGUCACCCGCGGAGUUAGUGUUUGGGCGUUCGCUGCGCUCACGGCUAGAUUUAUUGAACCCUAACGCACCGUCGUCAUCGACGUCCACAGAUCUAACUCAAACCGUCGCGCGUAAACAGUCCUUACAGGCUAAACACUUCCGUGGUGUACUAAGACCAGAAUUUAAAGAUAACGACCUUGUCUGGAUAACUAAAAACACUAACAAUAACAAAGUGAAUUGGCUGGAGGGUAUAAUCACAAAGAAGAUCGGAAAUCUUAUGUACAGCGUAUACGUGCCACAAUUAAAUGGUGAGGUCACUAGACACAUGGACCAAAUAAGGAAAAGAUUGUCUUCGCCAAUAUCAUCGGCAACUGGUGAAGACCAGGACUGGGAUCCUGACGUGAUUCCGGAUGUGGCGUCGCCUGCUACCACUCACCCCGAACCUGCCACACAUCGAGAGGGGGAAGGAGAGGCGACAACAGUUCUGGAACCAGCUGCGGCGACGCCGCCGGGCACGCCAGAGACCGACCAUUAG